UCCUUACAUCGAGGGCUACAAAAUGCUCAGACUAAGAAAUAUCCGCGGCUCAGCGCUCGCGGGACAGCGUGCAUUCUCAACUUCAAAGUCGCUCAGCAGAGUUGUAGCUAACGAGCCAUUGAAAGCUAAGCAAGCAGAGAACAACGCUUUUGCUUCUUCAAACUACCCAGUUAUUGACCACGAAUACGACGCAUUAGUAGUCGGUGCCGGCGGUUCCGGUCUUCGUGCUGCAUUUGGUCUCGCAGAAGCGGGAUUCAAGACAGCUUGUAUUACUAAGCUCUUCCCUACGCGUUCCCACACCGUCGCUGCACAAGGUGGUAUUAACGCUGCACUUGGAAACAUGACACAAGACGACUGGAGAUGGCACAUGUACGAUACCGUCAAAGGUUCAGAUUGGCUCGGUGACCAAGAUGCUAUCCACUAUAUGUGUCGUGAAGCACCACGUACCGUCGUUGAGCUCGAACAUUUCGGUGUUCCUUUCUCACGUACCGCUGAUGGAAAGAUCUACCAGCGUGCCUUCGGUGGUCAAUCCCUCGAAUACGGUAAGGGUGGUCAAGCAUACAGAUGUGCAGCAGCUGCAGACCGUACUGGACACGCUCUUUUACACACACUCUAUGGUCAAUCCCUUAGACAUAACACCAACUUCUUCAUCGAAUACUUUGCAUUGGAUUUGAUCAUGGAAGAUGGCGAAUGUGUCGGUGUUAUGGCACUCAACAUGGAAGACGGUACUCUCCACAGAUUCCGUUCACACAAGACUGUUCUUGCUACUGGUGGAUACGGUCGCUCUUACUUCUCAUGUACCUCCGCUCACACUUGUACCGGUGAUGGUAACGCAAUGGUCUCAAGAGCAGGUUUACCACUUCAAGAUUUAGAGUUCGUUCAAUUCCACCCAACUGGUAUCUACGGUGCUGGUUGUCUUAUCACUGAAGGUUCCCGUGGUGAAGGUGGUUACCUCCUUAACUCUGAAGGUGAACGUUUCAUGGAACGUUACGCACCAACUGCUAAGGAUUUGGCUUCACGUGACGUCGUUUCACGUUCGAUGACUCUCGAAAUCCGUGAAGGUCGUGGUGUCGGUCCAGAGAAAGAUCACAUUUACUUGCAAUUGUCACACUUACCACCUGAAGUCCUUCACGAAAGACUUCCAGGUAUCUCUGAAACUGCUGCCAUUUUCUCCGGUGUCGACGUAACAAAGGAGCCAAUUCCAGUAUUGCCAACUGUUCACUACAACAUGGGUGGUAUUCCAACCAAGUGGACAGGUGAGGUUUUAACAAUUGACGACCAAGGUAAUGACAAGGUUGUACCUGGUUUGUAUGCAGCAGGUGAAGCAGCAUGUGUAUCCGUACACGGUGCUAACAGAUUGGGUGCCAACUCACUCCUUGACAUUGUUGUCUUUGGUAGAGCAUGUGCCAACCACAUUAGAGAUACAUGGGAAGCCGGUAAACCACACAAGAAGAUCUCCGAAAACGCAGGUUUAUUCUCGAUAGAAAAUCUCGAUAAGGUUAGAAACGCAACCGGACCAAAGCCAACAUCAGACAUUAGAUUAGAUAUGCAAAAGGUUAUGCAAUCUGAUGCAGCAGUUUUCAGAACUGAAGAGAGUUUGCAAGAGGGUGUAGAGAAGAUGAGAAAGGUUUACGAUUCAUACGCACAAUUGGGUAUAACCGACAGAUCAAUGAUUUGGAACACUGACCUUGUUGAAUCGUUAGAAUUGACGAACUUGUUGCAAUGUGCUAUGCAGACUAUUGUCGCAGCAGCCAACCGUAAAGAAUCACGUGGUGCACACGCCAGAGAAGACUACAGCGAGCGUGAUGAUGAAAACUGGAUGAAGCACACAUUGACAUUCCAGAAGGACGUUGAGAGCAACCACGUCGAUCUCACCUACCGCGCCGUUGAAGGUAACACACUCGACGAGAGUGAAUGUAAAGCAGUACCACCAUUUAAGCGUUCUUAUUAGAUGCUUUAAUGAAUUUCUAAUAUAUUUUUUAUUUUCUAAGAACAAAUGGAUAUAGC